GGCGUGGAUCGCGGCCGGAGCCGCCAUUGUUCCGCCAAGGGACGACAGCGGGGCCUGGCCCUGGCGCCGAGACGCCGCUUAGCGGCCGCCACUGGAGACACUCCCUCCCGCCGCCCCCCUCCUCCUGGCGGCGGCGGAGUGAGGCUGACUAGGGGGAACUGGGAGCCCCCUCUCCUGGCGGCGGCAGCUGCCGAUCCCCGGCUCCGGCGCGAGGGGCGGCCGCGAUGCGCUCGGCUUGAGGCAGUCCGGCCCGUCCCUUCCUCGCCUCCCUUGACUCUUCUACGGCGUCUGUGCGCCCCAGCGUCACCCUGAGAGUCUCUUUGACGGAGGGAAGAUGGCUGCACAGAGCUGGCAGGACGACCUGGCCCAGCAGGCCGAGGAGGGCUCGGCUCGGCUGCGGGAAAUGCUGUCGGUUGGCCUAGGCUUUCUGCGCACCGAGCUGGGCCUCGACCUGGGGCUGGAGCCGAAGCGGUACCCGGGCUGGGUGAUCCUGGUGGGCACCGGCGCGCUGGGACUGCUGCUGCUCCUCCUGCUCUGCUACGGCUGGGCCGCGGCUUGUGCCGGCGCCCGAAAAAAGCGGAGGAGCCCGCCCCGCAAGCGGGAGGAGGCGGCGGCCCUGCCGGCCCCGGCCACCGACGAUGUAGCCCUGUUGAAGAAUCUCAGGAGCGAGGAGCAGAAGAAGAAGAACCGGAAGAAAUUGCCCGAGAAGCCCAAACCGAAUGGACGGACGGUUGAAGUGGCUGACGAGGAAGUUGUCCGAACUCCUCGAAGUAUAACAGCAAAGCAGCCCUUAGAGACAGAUAAAAAAAAUGAAAAGUCAAAGAAAAAUAAGAAGAAAUCAAAGUCAGAUGCUAAAGCAGUGCAAAACAGUUCACGCCAUGAUGGAAAGGAAGUUGAUGAAGGAGCCUGGGAAACUAAAAUUAGUCACAGAGAGAAACGACAGCAGCGUAAACGUGAUAAGGUGCAGACUGAUUCUGGUUCAUUGGAUUCAACUAUCCCUGGGAUAGAAAAUACCAUCACAGUUACCACCGAGCAACUUACAACCGCAUCAUUUCCUGUUGGUUCCAAGAAGAAUAAAGGUGAUUCUCAUCUAAAUGUUCAAGUUAGCAACUUUAAGUCUGGAAAAGGAGAUUCUACACUUCAGGUUUCUUCAGGAAUGAACGAAAACCUCACUGUAAAUGGAGGAGGCUGGAAUGAGAAGUCUGUAAAACUCUCCUCACAGAUCAGUGCAGGUGAGGAGAAGUGGAACUCUGUUUCACCUGCUUCUGCAGGCAAGAGGAAAAAUGAGCCAUCUGCUUGGGGUCAAGACACUGGAGAUGCUAAUGCAAAUGGAAAAGACUGGGGAAGGAGUUGGAGUGACCGUUCAAUAUUUUCUGGCAUUGCUGCUUGGUCUAGUGUGGAUAGGGGAAUGAAUACCUCUGAACAGAAUUCUGCUUCUUUUGCAUCUCUCACACUUAACUCUGCUGUUUCUGGGUCUACUGCUGAGCCAGUUUCUCAUUCUACCACUUCUGAUUAUCAGUGGGAUGCUAGCCGUAAUCAACCCUAUAUCGAUGAUGAAUGGUCUGGGUUAAAUGGUCUGUCUUCUGCUGAUCCCAGCUCUGAUUGGAAUGCUCCAGCAGAAGAGUGGGGAAAUUGGGUAGAUGAAGAAAGAGCUUCACUUCUAAAGUCCCAGGAACCAAUUCCUGAUGAUCAAAAAGUUUCAGAUGAUGACAAGGAAAAGGGAGAGGGAGCUCUUCCAACUGGGAAAUCUAAAAAGAAAAAAAAGAAAAAGAAGAAGCAAGGUGACGAGAACUCUCCUGCACAGGACACAGAAGAAUUAGAAAAAGAGAUUAGAGAAGAGCUUCCAGUGAAUACCUCUAAAGUCCGUCCAAAACAGGAAAAAGCUUUUUCUCUGAAGACCAUAAGCACUAGUGAUCCAGCUGAAGCACUCAUCAAAAAUAGCCAGCCUGUCAAGACUCUUCCACCUGCUGUUUCUACCGAGCCAUCUGUUAUUUUAUCAAAAAGUGAUUCUGACAAAAGCUCUUCCCAAGUGCCACCGAUGCUACAAGAAACAGAUAAAUCCAAGUCAAAUACUAAGCAAAAUAGUGUGCCUCCUUCACAGACCAAGUCUGAAACUAGCUGGGAAUCUCCCAAACAAAUAAAAAAGAAGAAAAAAGCCAGACGGGAAACGUGAAUAUAUUUUUCCUGCAUUGGACAUGUGUUUGUAAACACUGUCUGGAAGAUUAUGCUGUUUAUGCAAUAAUUUGUGAACAUGUACAGAGUUUUAUAUAAAUUUAAACCAAUUUUUAAAACAAAACUGUGAAAACAACCACCAUAAAAAUGGAAUCAAAGGAAAGUUAAUUUAUGAAAUUAAGAGGUCAGCAGAAUAUACUACAGUGCUGGAAGACACUUGGGGAAAGUCUUUUCAAUUGAACAAGAACGAUCUUAAUUUAAGAAUAUUACCCUGGUUUUACAGCAGUGCCCUGUUUACAACAGAUUGUGCCCUGUCUCAUCUGCAGCUGAGGAAUAAAGGAUUCUGAUUAGAAAGAGGGUUGCCUACAAAUUGGUAGGCGGCCUCUUGGAUCUUAUGCACGGAACUUAAAACCAUUUGAAUCUGUUUUAUGCUUAAAUCAAAGUGCUUUGAUCAAAUGCAUAAUCUGCCAUAUCUUUACAUAUAUGUUGGUAGCAAUUUGUAUUAAAGGAAUCACAAGUGCAAAUAAAAGGUCAUUUAUCAUUUGUUAACUAAACUCAUGGUUUAGUUUACAAUUUUUAAAAAGUUCUUAAUUAAAACAUUGAACAUGCAGUUGAUGCUUGUAUGGCUUAUGAAGUUAUUUUUGAUAGUCUUACAUUAUUACUUGAAUUGUUCAAAGUUCAGUAUAUUUUAAAUUAAGAAAGGUAAACUAUAUGUAUUUGUUUUAUACUUUUAAGGCUCAGACUCACAAAUAAUGCUCUUGUUUAGGAUUUGAAAACUUCUAGGCAAAGUCCGACUUAACGUUUUCCCCUUUCCUUAGCAGUUACUUUUUCCCAACGUCAGCUCUUCUUCAUUGCUAAUCCAUUUCCGACGUUAGAAGUGAAAUCUUUCACGAAUUAGUUAUGCAGACAGAACUUUUGAGUAUAUGAUGGAGAAUGAAAAACUAGAGUCAGACAGCUUUAAUUGACAUUGUCAAGACCUCCAGUUAUCAGGAAUACAUUUUUUUACUGCCUUAACCUAUAGUGCGUAGAAUAUGCAUCAAUUUCUUGAGGGAGAUUCGUGUUUUUAUAAGAAUUUUCAUGUAAUUGCAAUUGUGGUCAAACAAGGAACGUUUUCUGCUUGAAACUAUUGAUUUAAAUGACGUGUGAGAUGCUUCACCAUUUUCAGGCACUGUGUAAUUCUCUUGUAAUAAACUGGCAGGCAUCUUUGUACCUAUAAAUAGUGCAUGCUCAGCCAUGUACACUGUAAAUAGCCUUUACCAAACGUGUUUGACAAGGACCAUAAUUAACAUCACUUAGUGAGUUGUGAUAAAGAAAAAAAAGCCAUGAUUUAUUUGAUGUGAUUGGCUCGUUUCUAUGUGGCGCCAAGAACGAAACUGUUUAACAGCGUAACCAAUGGUACCGAUCUGUCCAUCCAAUCUUGUCUUUAUUAUAUCUGAUUGUGCUUUGAUAGUAUUGCAUUGUCAUACUGGGAAAGCUAAAGAAACAAAAUGGUUUUAGUUUUGCUGAAGACUGGCCUUAUUAAUGGACAGCUUUCCUAACAAGCGGUUAUUAACUUUUAUCAGGUGUUAACAUCUGUUUCAGGAACAUGGCAGUAUGUUUACAUGUCAGAAGUUUUGUUUAAUUCUAUGAUAUUUCUAAAUUGAUUUGUUUAAAUAAAUUCAGCAAAUGGA